AUGGGAAGAAGUUGGGCGACGCAGUGGAGGGUAGAGUUUUUGGGGAGGGAAUGGAACUUCGUGGACAUAGGCUCAGUGGUUCUGGUUUUGGGUCUGCAUUGCCUUACACUUUUGGCUCCAUUCCAUUUCAACUGGCCUGCAUUUUGGGCGGCUGUGGCUCUCUACUUUGUCACAGGUGUUAGCAGGGGUGGCCUUGAGGGUGUGCAAGUGGUGCCACUGCACAGGAGAAGUCCACUUGAAUGGGUGAGCAUACACCGAUCUCACCACCAAUUUACGGACACAUUGAAAGACCCUCAUAGUCCCGUUCGGGGAUUUUGGUAUAGUCACAUAGGUUGGAUCUUCGAUUAUCGUUCUCAAUUUGAAAGUUAUGAUGCACGACUAAAGAACGUUGGAGAUUUGAAAAGGGAACCGUUCUACAUAUUUCUUCACUAUAUGUAUCCCCUCUUCGUCUAA